AUGCUCCGCCAGCGACAAGCCGCCGCAGCAUCCGCCCCCGACCGCCGCUCUCAAAAGGAUCAGAUACCCACCAUGGCGGGCGCGACGACGACGACCCUGGACAAUGAGCGCAGUCCGCUGCUCCCACGCCACGAGGACGACGCACACAGCGAACCGCCAACCGAGGCAGAAGACGACGACGAGCAAGCCACUGAGAGCAUGGCUUGGGCACGACGGAAUCAGUGGAUUGUGCUCGCCGUUGCGAGCGGCGCUUGCGCUGCUUUCAACGGCGUGUUUGCAAAGUUCUUGAAAACCAAGUUCACUGUUUUGCUUUGCCAGAGCAGCUUGUUUCUUAGUUGGACCACAACUGAGCUCACAACGACAAUAUCUCAAGCAAUCUCCAACUUUCUUCAUCUUCAAGAUAUCGAAGGAGCCUUUGAGGUUGUCAUGCGAGCAGUCUUUUUCGGUCUCAACCUCGUCUUCAACGGCAUCAUGUGGACCCUCUUCACAAAAGCACUCGCCAAGGGCCAGUCAACCACGCAGGUGUCCAUCAUGAACACGUCCUCCAACUUUGUCAUCACCGCCAUGCUCGGCUUCGUCAUCUUCUCCGAGUCGCUGCCGCCGCUCUGGUGGGUCGGCGCCGCCAUGCUCGUCGCCGGCAACGUCAUCAUCGGCCGCAAAGAUGAGGAGGCGGACAAGUCUGGCGACUACGCGCCGGUGCCGCAGCAGCCGGGUCUCGCUCCCGUCCCGCUGGAUGGCGGCGACGAGGACAAGGACUCCGAGGACGAGGAUAUUGUCGAUUUGGGGGACUUGAACUCUGCGGAACAUCGCACUUGA